AUGGUAGGCGAUUCGCACGUCACGCAGGAUCGGCUGCUUCUUUAUGAUGAUCGGAUGCGAGAUCGUGGCGGAAUCGCGGGGUUGGGUGAGGCGCUCGUGAUCGAGCCCGAACACCUGGACCGCGUCCUCAGCGGUGGGCUGCCUUGCGCCGUGUGCAAGUACGAGCUGCGGGGGCUGUCGAUCCGCGGGGUGUGCCCGGAGUGCGGCACGCCGGUCCGCGCGACGAUCCUGUUCCGUGUGGACCCGAAAGCGAAGGAAUUCCGCCCGCUCACCUCGAAAUGGUUCACCUCGUUCGGCGUGAUCGCGUGGACGGUCGGGGCGCUGGUCGCGUGCCUGGGGUUCUGGCUCGUGCACGUGUUCGCGUUUUUGCGCGCCGAGAUGGACGUGCCGAUCCGGCGCGACCUCGCGGAGUACAUCACGCUCGCGGGCCUGGCCGCGUCGUGGUUCGGGAGCCUGUCUCUGGUGCGCCCUGUCCGGGGGGCGCCGCUGCAGGGCACGCUCAAGGCGCUCUUCGGCGUCUUCGGCUACGCGAUGCUCGUCGGCUCGACCCUCUGGCUGCAGGCGCACGACCGCCAGAGCCUCAUCCCCUAUCUCGACGCGACGCCCGGGCUCACGCGCACCACGAUCCGAGCCAUCUCGGGGAUCGCGAUCGUGAUCAUCCUGCUCGGCCUGCGUCCGCACGCUCGCCUGCUCGUCGAGCGGUGCCUCGUGUUGCGGACCGGGCGCGUGGACCGGCAGACCAUGCUCGCGAUGGUCGUCGCGGUGGGCGUGGGCCUCGUCGGGGACGCGAUGCACAUGAGUGCCGCCCUCGCGAGCGAGGGCACAUCGAACCCCAUGACCUGGGCCGGCACCCUGCUCAUCGCGCUGAGCGGGCUGUUCAUCCUCGCGGGGCUCGUCCACGCCCAGCUCGAUUCCUGGCACAUCCGCAAAAGCCUCCUCGUCCCGAGCCCGACGCUCGAGGACCUCAUCGCCGAGGAGCCGCCUGCGCCGGAACAGGCCGCGCUCAAAGAACUCACCUUCGAGCACGACGCACGGCAGGCCCUCCUCUCCGGAGUCGAGAAGCUCGCCCGGGCCGUCAAGUGCACCCUCGGGCCCAAGGGACGCAACGGCGUCCUCGACAAGAGCUGGGGCGGCCCGACCGUCACCAAGGACGGCGUCUCCGUCGCCGAGGAGAUCGAGCUCCGCGACAAGGCGGAGAACAUGGGCGUGAAGCUCGCGCUCUUCUCCGAGGGCCUCCGCAUGAUCGCCGCGGGUGUUGAUGCCAACGCGCUCGUCCGCGGGAUGAAGCAGGGCGUCGAGCUCGUCGCCAAGGACAUCAAGAAGCUCUCCCGCCCCGUCGAUGGCAAGAACGAGAUCAAGGCCGUCGCCACCAUUUCCGCGAACAACGACGCCGAGAUCGGCAAGAUCAUGGCCGACGCGUUCGAGAAGUUCGACCGCGGCUACCUGUCCGCCAACUUCGUCACGAAUGUCGACGAGAUGAGCGUCGAGCUCGAGAAGUGCCUCGUCCUCGUCCACGAGGACAAGAUCGAGAAUAUCUCCAAGCUCGUCCCGCUCCUCGAGAAGGUCAUGCAGGCCAAGAAGCCCCUGCUCAUCAUCGCCGAGGACGUCACCGGCGAGGCGCUGAGCACGCUCGUGAUCAACAAGCUCCGCGGCACGCUCCAGGUCGCUGCGGUGAAGGCGCCGGGCUACGGCGACCGCCGCAAGGCGAUGCUCCAGGACAUCGCGGUCCUCACGGGCGGCAAGGCCUUCAUGAAGGACCUCGCGACCGAUCUUGACCAGAUCAAGGUCUCCGAUCUCGGCCUCGCCAAGAAGAUCGAGAUCACCUCGGACAACACCAUCAUCCUCGAGGGCGCCGGCUCGACGAAGGACAUCCAGUCCCGCGUGGAGCAGAUCCGACGCGAGAUCGAGGCCGCCUCGAGCGACUACGACCGCGAGAAGAUGCAGGAGCGCCUGGCGAAGCUCGCGGGCGGCGUGGCGCAGAUCAACGUCGGCGCCGCCUCCGAGGCGGAGCUGAAGGAGAAGAAGGCCCGCGUGGAGGACGCGCUGCACGCGACCCGCGCCGCGGUCGCCGAGGGCAUCGUCCCGGGCGGCGGCGUGAGCUUCAUCCGCUCCCUCGGCGCCAUCGAGCGCAACAAGGACUGGAAGGCCGUCUUCGGCAAGAAGACCGAGGUCACCGCCGAGGACGUCGGCCAGGCGAACUACGACUUCGCGUCCGGCAUGGAAGUCGUGCGGCGCGCGAUCCAGGUCCCGCUCCAGACCAUCGCCACCAACGCCGGCGCCCGCGGGACCGUCGUGGUCUCUCGCGUCGCGGAGGGCGACGAGAAGAUCGGCGACACCUACGGCUUCAACGCCCUGACCGACACCUACGGCGACAUGAUCAAGAUGGGCGUGCUGACGCCCGCGAAGGUCGACCUCUCGGCCCUGCAGAACGCCGCGUCCGUCGCGACCGUCCUGCUCACCGCCGACUGCAUCAUCACCGAGAAGCCCUCGGACGACGACGGCAUGGAGGGCGAUUUCGAGGAACUCGCCGAAGAGCGCAGCCACAAGGCGUUCACCCACAUGGCGUCCACGCUCCGCGAGUGCUGGGACACGCUCUGCGACGUCUGGACCAUCGAGGACGCGCCCGCGAGCGGGUGGCUUCACAUCGUGGUGAAGCUCCGCAAGCAGGGCAAGCUCAACGACCGGGAGUACAUCGUCGGCCUCGUCGAUGGGUGGCUCCAGCAGGCCGAGUCCCUCCUCGUCGCGAGCGACGAGAAGUUCCUCAGGGCGCACGACGACAUCCACUCGUCGAUCUGGAAAUGUCUGAAAUCAUCGCACGGCAAGCUCCUCGCGAGCCUGUCGAGCAUCGAGAAGAACAAGUCCGCGAGCAACGUCACCGAGUCCGGCAUCUACCUCCCCGAGUCCUCCAAGGAGCGCCCCGUGCACGGCAAGGUCAUCGCCGUCGGCCCCGGCAAGCUCCUGGACAACGGCCAGCGCGCCAAGCCGAGCGUGAAGAAGGGCGACACGGUCGUGUACGGCAAGUACGCGGGCUCGGAGGUCGAGAUCAAGGGGGAUGAGCACCUGAUUCUGCGGGAGAGUGAGUUGCUUGGGGUUCUCGACUAA